AUGGGAGCCCGGACCCGGAAACGAGGCGGCGGGGCGGAGCCUGUCUCUGGGUGCCCGGGACGCAGGUUGCCAGGAGGAGCGCGCGCAGGGGAGGAGGGGCCUCGGAGCCGUUGGCAAAGGCCGCGUCGGUCGCCGGACUGGGUCUGCAAAGAUGCGCGUCGAAUCGCUUUGAGCUGCCCCCACCCCACAAAGUCUCAGUGGGGUCCCCAGCCCCGCAGACUCAACCGCACCAAGGCUGCCUGGAGGUACCGAGGAUUCCGAGCAGAGGCGGGCGUGGCGCAUCGGAGCUGCACGCGCACCGCAGCGGGGCGGCCUUGCUGGAGGAACAGGCUUAAACGCGGAGUUCUGCUCCCAGGCCUGACUUCACUGCUGCGCUGUCCUUUCCUCGAGCGCAGGUCUUUGACCGUUCCGGUGUCCGCACUGCCCUCGGAACCGAGGGUCCGAGAACAGGCCGAUCCCGCCGAAGCCAGACUUCAUCUCCCUCGCCUCUCCGCCCCACAGGGCUGCCGUCUCCCGGUGAGGUCCCUGAACCGCCUAUACUGGGGCCGCCGAAGGGCUUCUCGACGAGGGGACAUCCUCAGAUUUGUCUUAAGAGAAGGACCCACAGCACCAAGAGGCCUGCUGGUACCCAAGGCCCCAGGCGGAAGCCACGGCGGGGUGGGGGGCUCUCUCCGCAUCCGGGCGGCGUCGGGUCGGCUCUACGCUGCUGAGAAUUAG